AUUUACCUUAAUUUAUAUACCAGUUUUUGAAGAAAGACUUAAUUAAUUUACACUUUGCUUUAAUUCGUUUAAUAUAAAUAUUGAAUAACAUGCAAUGUAAGAAAUUGCUUUUUCCUCACUGCAACCCAAAAAGUUACUCUAAACCAUAACCAAGACAACCCAAUUUGUUAAAGCGAUCAAGUCAAGGUUCUUGAUGGAUUCUCUAUCAGAAAGCUCGACUUCUUCCUACCAUGGUAAAAGACCAAGAUCUUUGAGUGACGAUUCUCAAGUUUCUUCUAGUAUGGAUGAUGAUUUUAACAAAUCCUUAACACCGGAGAAGUCCGAAGGAAAUGCUCAAAAUCCUCCUAGUAUAUUUGAACAAAAAGAAAUUAUUGGAGAUCUAGUUAAUAAUCAACCAGAUUUGGAAGAAGGCCAAACGGAUUUUUAUAUACUUUCUUAUGGUUGGUAUGAGAAGUUAUGUUCUUACUUGUCCGAGGAGGGACCAUUCCCUGGUGAAGUUGAUCAAGAGGAUAUUAUGAAUUUAGAGGAUGGUUCCUUAAAAACUAAUUUACAGGAAGAAAUUGACUUCACCAUUAUUUCAAAAAAAUUAUGGGAAUCACUCACUGAAUGGUAUGGCCUUAAAGGCAAUGAAUUCCCGAGAGAAACCGUUGAUCUCGGGUCUGAAUAUUCCCCUCACCUUGUGGUAGAGGUUUAUCCUCCCUCUUUUUCAUUGACUUUAUUAAGCUUACAAAGUGAUCCUUAUGAAACUCAUAAGCCGCUAAAAAUCACGCUUUCUUCAAAAAGUACAUUAGAUGAUCUAUUUGAAGGUGUGAAGUAUACCUUGUCUAUUUCUGGUGACAACUUUAGACUUUGGAGAGUUGAUACAGAGCUGCCUCUACAACGAACUAUUGAUCCAUCUUCAUUUAUAAAAAUUAGCUCGAAAGAAGUAGUGGAAUCGCUGGACAAGAAAAAGACGCUGGUGGAAUCUGGAAUGGACAGUAGUUGUACCUUAGUUGUUGAAUGUAUGCACAAUGAAACAUGGCCUGUCGAUCGUGCCUUAAGACUUCAAUUUUUGAUUCGCCAACGAGACCAGCGAGCAAGUUCAUCUAUGGAAACCCGGGAAAAUAAGGUGCUUGGAACCUGUGGAUUAAACAAUUUGGGAAAUACCUGUUAUAUGAAUUCUGCCUUACAGUGUCUUACGCAUGUUCGUGAACUUCGCGACUUUUUCGUUUCAGAUGAAUGGAAGGACCAAGUCAACGAGUCUAAUCCAUUGGGCAUGAGUGGCCAGAUUGCUGGUGCGUUCGCUUCUCUAAUGAAGUCUCUAUAUAACCCUGAUCACACUUCAUUUGCUCCACGACAAUUUAAGGCUAUCAUUGGUCGUUUUAAUCACUCAUUCUUAGGAUAUGGUCAACAAGAUUCGCAAGAAUUCUUAGCUUUUCUGUUGGAUGGUUUACAUGAGGACUUAAAUCGUAUAUACCAAAAGCCGUAUACCUCCAAGCCUGAUUUAUAUGAGCUUGAUGAAGAAAAGAUUCGAGAUACUGCAAAAGAAUGCUGGAGAUUGCAUAAACUUAGAAACGAUUCAAUUAUCGUCGACUUGUUUCAAGGAAUGUACAGAAGCACUUUGGUUUGUCCUGAAUGCAAAACCGUUUCCAUUACUUUUGAUCCAUUCAUGGAUUUAACUCUUCCUUUACCCGUACAACAGUUCUGGUCUCAUCCUGUUGUUUUUAUUCCAAACGAUAUCACUCGCCGUCCGAUCACCGUCGAUGUCGUUUUAGAGAACAGAUCUGCUACAAUUGGCGAUCUUGUGAAAUUUGUCGCUUCGAAGGUUGGUUGUGAUGAUUAUAGGAAAAUAUUUGUAACCGAAACUUACAGAGGACGAUUCUAUAGAUUCCUAACAUCUCUCACCAAAUCUCUCUUAAUGGAAAUUUCCGAAGAGGAUGAAAUAUAUUUGUAUGAACUGGAUAAACCUAUAGAUGAAACCGAUAUAGUGGUUCCUGUUUAUCACACGAUUAGUCACCCGAGUAAUUCAUCAAGUAGUUAUCUGGAUAAUCGUGACUUUGGCUAUCCAUUCAUUCUUCAAUUAAAGAAUGAAGAUGUUGGUGAUGCUAGCAUAAUCGAGAAAAAGCUCAAAUUUAAGUAUAGUCAAUUUACAACCCUUGACACCUUAAAGGAUGCCGAAUGUCUAGAAUCUUUACAGAGCAAUACGAGCAAAGACCUUACAUCUAGUGAAGAUCCUAUUCAUAAUGAAACAAAGACACCGUUGUUUUAUACUAAGGUAUUCCAUGAUCGUUAUGAACGGAUACCAACGGGUUGGAAUAUGCAUUCGUCGAAUCUAUCCCUACUCACCGAAAGAGACGUCUCUACUUUAGAAGCAACGGUUGAACCAUCCACUAAUGUUGACUAUUAUAAUGGUGAUGAAGAUGAAAAUCAAGUUAUCACAGAAACUGCUCCGGGCUCUUAUCCUGACCCGCCAGAACUUAAGGAAAUUGAUCAUACAAACAGUAACCUGCUUGUUCAAGGAGACCUUCUGGUUUGUGAAUGGCUAGAAACAUCUCAGAAUUUUGUGUUCAACGAGUCACCGAGUGCUUCAGAAAUGGGUCAUUCAUUAUGGUCGGAUAAGGAAAGAAUUAUGUCCGAAACCAAGGAAGAAGGCAAUCGUCCACAUACUAUAACCCUCGACGAUUGUUUGAAUGAAUUUGAAAAAACCGAACAGCUUGGUGAGGAAGAUCCUUGGUACUGUCCUACCUGCAAAGAUUUCCGUAGAGCAUCUAAAGAGAUGAGAAUAUGGAAAUCCCCUGAAAUUCUUAUCUUCCACUUGAAGCGCUUUAGCAGUGAAAGAAGGUUUCGGGAUAAGAUUGAUGAGUUGGUUGAAUUUCCCAUUGAAAACUUUGACUUGUCAAGUCGUACAGAAUCCCAAAAGUUUGAUCCUGUUGGCAAUGGUGAAAAGUGCUUGUAUGAGUUAUGUGCUGUGGAUAAUCACUACGGUGGUCUAGGUGGUGGACACUACACGUCUUUUGCUCGUAACCCAGAUGACAAUCAGUUUUACUGUUAUGAUGAUUCGAGAGUUUCACCCGUGAAACCCGAGGAAACUAUAACGUCUGCUGCCUAUUUAUUAUUUUAUCGGAGAAAGACGGCAUAAAAAAAAGGUUAUUAUCGUUGAAUCAAACAGUUUUUAUCUUUUCAUCAGUGCUACAGGCUAAAAAUGUUUCUUUGGGUGGAUUUUUCAAUGUCGGUUUCUAAGAUUCUUUAAAAGUUAAUAAAAGGAAAAAGAAGAAAUAUUAAAGCUAUUUGUUUAUUUUUUGACUGUAUUAAAACGAUGGUCACGAAAUGUUGGUUCUUUCAGUGUAAAAGGAUAAUUACAGAAGAUUCGAAAAGCAUUCGGUUCAAUAAUGGGCUAGAAAUUCCUGAGAAUUUUAACUUUCAAUUACUCUGUACUAUGUGAUGCGUAGCUACUGUUGCCGUAGUUUUAAACAACUUGAUUAAACGAACUUAAAAGCUCAUAGACCUAGCGUCUUUUCCGUAUUCUCUUUUUUAUUACAACCAUUUGCUUUAACUUCAACGCUUUCAGCUUAAAUUGCUAAGCGCUUUAGUAGUUUCGAUCAAAACGUUUGAAACAUAUCAUAUUCAGAUGUUGUGGCUCAUAUAAGGAUCUUACAAAAGCGUAUUUAACAAUUGAUUUUAUAUACGCAACAUUUGUAAAUAUAUGCAGUUUUAGUUUUUAU